AUGGAUAAGAGGAACAUGUAUGCUAUACCAGAACUAGACCCAUCUGACAACAACGUCGACGUCACUGACCAACGUUUCGAAUCUUCCAUGGAAAAUGAUGCUCAAACACUUCUAGAUACAAAUGUUGUACAAGAACCGUUUCAGCUUGAAGGAGUGUCUUCAAGAGAAAUACCGAUUCAGUCAAUUACAAUUGACCUCGGUUAUCUUCCGCGAUAUGAUCCAACCGUGGGCCCGAACAACGAUGAUGAUGUACUUAUGGAGGAGGAGGAGGAGGAGGAUGAUGAUGAUGAUUGGGAGACCGAAAGUGAUGAUAGCGACGAUAACGAAGAUUAUUAUAGUUCAGAUGAUGAAUAA